UGUUGAUUGUUUUUCAGCCUUGCCGUGAAAUUUCAAGUUCCCAAAUAACCUUACCAGCUACCUACUUAAACCCAUUCAUUGGGUCAUCUCUUCAGCUGCAAGUCGCAGCAACCCGAACAACUCAAGAUAUCGACUGACCUUUUUUUUUUUUCUGUCUCUCUCUUCUUCGAGAUGUCGUUGUUCGGAAAGCCAACAGGUCAGGCUACUAACACCGGAAGUAGUUUGUUUGGUAACGUGAACCAAACCGCCAAUACAGCUCCGUCUCAACCUGCUCAGCCAGCUUCUUCGUUAUUCGGUGCUCCUACCCAACCUGCUCAGACAGGUUCCUCGUUAUUCGGUGCUCCUGCUCAACCUACUCAGCCAGCUUCUUCGCUAUUUGGCGCUCCUCUUGCCGGUGCAUCAUCCACGGUUCAGCAGCCCCAACCUAGCAACCUACUUGGUAGAUUUACGACAGCCCAGCCUGCUGCUGGUAGUGGCUUGGGUUUUGGACAGUCCACAAACAACCUAGCUCAAGCUCUACCGUCCAUUCUUGGAGCUAGCCAGUUAAAUUCCACCGUGCUACCCCAGGGUAAUACAACAGGAUACUUUGACAGUUUGCUCUCUAAAGGCAAAGCCCAAGGUAGCGAACAAUCACCCCUCGACGAUCUUCCUAGUCUCCAGCUUGGGCUUGGGGACCUUCGUCAGCGCCUUCGAAAGCUAGGCCCGCGGCCAGAUCCUCAAGCCCAUGACAAAGCUCGCUUUAUUCUGGCCGCAUCUGGCGUCGAGCCAGCGGCGGCAGUCCGAGACCUGAACGAUUUCGAUGUUCGCAUUGGCGGCCGCGUCGAGCGCCCUGCACCAUCCCCAGCAGUAGACGUUGAUAUCGACACCUACCUCUCAAAUAUACAGAAGAAAACGACUCUUAGCAUGAUUGCGGAUGGUUUGGAAAGAUCGGCUAGAGACUUCGAUAAUUUCCUCGAGGAUAAUGUCACGAUGGAAUGGGAGGCACAGAGGAAGCGUAUCUACGAGCACUUUGGCAUUAAGACGAAGGAUGACGGACUUGUCGAUGGGCCGUCAGGAACGGCUAACAGGGAGGCGCACGCGGGCUUUGGUCGAUCGCGACGAACGGCCAAGACAACACGGUCCUCGGUAGCAGGUAUUAAAGCUAGCACAUUUGGACGGUCAAAUCUCCAGAAGUCGGUUAUUGGUACACCUAGCAAGAUUGGUAGUCACAAGCCCGAAUUCACGGAUGUUCAGGAUGCGACAGGAAGCCAAGGUGCCAUCAAUGGUGCCGCUUCGAUCGACGAUCGAUUUCUCAGGGAGAAGCAGAGUCGCCUCGCAGAAAGGGUUCGGCAACUUAAUCUUUGCCGAAUCGAGGAGCAGCCUUACCCUAUUCUGCACGAGCUUGCGCAAGUGGCUGGAAGCUCUGGUGAUAGACAUGCUCAGCAACUAGUUGAUUCUUACCAUGCCGCUAUGGCUAUCGUUGGUGAAAAUCCGGAAGCAGAGACGUUUGCCGGCGAUGCUACUGCAAGAGAACGCCAAUUUAAGGACAAAUAUUUGGAUGUGAAUGACAAAUCUCCCGGGGCGAUAGAAAUACGAAAGAGAAUCCUCAACGGUGCGAAUACUUUCUUAGAGAGGAAGUUCUUCCAGGAGGUCGAAAGUGUCAUCGCUAAAUACCCACGAGAGGCGAAUUUGGGAGGUCGCCCAGAUGUCAUCAGCAAGAUCAAGGCGUAUGUUCGGUUACGGCACUCGCGAAAAGAUCUCGUUCCUGAUAACGUCGAACUUCAACAAGUUGACGGCGAGUUCGUUUGGGCCAUCGUGUUCUACCUACUACGGUCGGGGAAGAUUGCUGAGGCUGCUGAUUAUGUUAAGACCCAGUCGACCACCUUCCGGAGUAUCGACCGUACCUUUGCGUCAUAUCUCCUCGAGUAUGUCAGUAGCCCUGAUAGGCGAUUAAGACGCCAAUUGCAGGAGCGCUGCAAUAACGAGUACAACACCAGAGCCCGUAAUGCACCCGAGAACUCGAUCGACCCUUACCGAAUGGCUUGUUAUAAGAUCGUGGGACGCUGCGACGUAAGCAACCGCAGCCUCGACGGUCUUAACACGGAGAUUGAGGAUUGGAUAUGGCUUCAAUUCAACCUCGCACGCGAGAACGACAAGGCAACCGAAGUGGCUGCGGAGUCAUACGGGUUACAAGAUCUACGGGCAACCAUUAGAGAUGUUGGCCUAAAGCACUUCCCGAAGUCUCCCAGCGAGGACGACAACGGUACCUUCGGCAUGUUCUUCUUCCUACAGAUCCUCUCGGGCAUGUUCGAGCAGGCUAUCUCGUACUUGUAUACCUUUUCUUACGUGGAUGCUAUCCACUUUGCUAUAGCUCUCGAGUACUACGGUCUUUUGCGCCCUGCAGAUCCCUGGACCGCGGCUGACUCCCUUCUAUCGCACGACACUCGCUCAAGACCACAGAUAAGCUUCGGUCGUAUGCUAGGAUAUUAUACACGCGACUUCCGCGCCGCUGAUGUUGCCUCCGCCGUGGAUUAUCUAACUCUGAUAUGCCUCAAUGCGGACCUAGGCGGUGAAGCGGGACGGCAACAAGCAGAACUUUGCCAUGCGGCUCUGCGAGAACUUAUCUUGGAGUCCAGAGAGUUUAGUAAGCUCAUUGGUGACAUUAGACCAGAUGGACGUCGUAUCGCCGGUCUCGUCGAAGAACGUGCCUCGCUCAUCGGUCUUCGGGAAGAAGACGAUUUCGUGAAAACUGUCACACUACAGGCAGCCCGGUUCGCCGAUGAUAAUGGGCGGACGACAGACGCGGUACUGUUGUAUCAUUUGGCUGGAGACUACGACAGUGUAGUAACCAUCGUGAGUCGCGCAUUGAGUGAGGCUAUCUCACUGGAGAUUGGCGAAGAUCCUAUGCGGUUGGUGCCAGUCAAACCCCGGUUGGACGGUAAGGACCCGGAGGCGCAACCUGGCAGUAGCUUGAGUCUAGCGUCUAUCGAUGACCCUAUCCAACUCGCGGCGACAAUGAUGUCGAUGUACGAAAAGGAUGCCAUGUUCUACACAAAAGUCGAGGAGUCAAACCGGAUUGCGUGUCACAUUCUCUUACAGAUGAGCGAUAUCAAAAACUUAGUCGAGGGUAGUCAAUGGCCCGAGGCUUUAGAUAAAAUACGCGCGUUGGAGAUCCUACCUCUGGAUGCUAAUGGCGAUCCGGCGAGGAUCCGACACUACGCAGCAACGUUCUCGGGUCUCUCGCAGACGGUUGCUAUCAAUGUACCAAACCUACUCAUGUGGACUAUUACAUGCUGCAUCCAACAAAGGGAGCGGCUCAUGAGCGGGCAGUUCAGCGGCAACGAAGGCACUCGACGAAUGAUGUGCGAUAAUCUAAAGCAGAUCAGCAUGGACCUAACGACGUACACGAGUCAACUGAGAUACAGAUUCCCGCCGCAUCUACACGAAGCUCUCGCUCGAGCUUCGGCGGAUUAAAUGGAAGGGGAACCAAGUGUAAUAUUAGUCCUACGAGAGGAAACGAAGCGGACAAGCUUGAGGACAUAAGACAUGCAUUCUUUAGCUUGUCCAACUAUACCUACCUAGGUACGUAGUUGAAGUAAUAAUAAGUUGGUAACUUUUUGACGAAGAACAAGACCGGGCGCAUUUAUUAUGGUUGGCGGUUUACACUAUUAUGUACCUACCUAGGUAUCUACCUGGUAAUUUAGAUACGUUAUUAUAUUUACCUAAGGUAUGCAAAGGUAUUUUAUGAUGGAAUCGAGGAGAGUUCUACUUGACAUGCUUGUGACGAAAUGACAUCAGCG